AUGUCAAUUGAUCUUAAUAACUUAUCUGAUGGUGUCUUAUCCUAUUGCAAUGAUCGUUUAUACAAGUUUAUCGAAGAAAAUCUUGGUAUUGAUGAAAUGAUGGUAAUUAAAAUGCAAUCUAUUAAUAGUGUUAGAACAUUAAUAAAUGUCCCAGAUAUCAUAGCUUUUUUAAGUUUUAAUUCUAAAGAAAUAAUUGAAUUAAAAAGUCGUAUUUGUUUUAUUGAUGAAGAUAAUAAACGAUUUAUGGUCAAAGCUGGAAUUCAAACCAAUAUUGAUAAUUUAAUAUCAGUACUUAAAGAUAAAAGAAAAAAACAAACAAAACGAAGAAAAACUUCCAAAUUAUCAUCACAAUCAUCAAUACAAUUAAAUGGCGAUCUCUUCAAUGCAUCUGCAUCAAAUAUGUCUAAUUCAGCUUCUAUUGAUUCACAAUUAACACUAGUAUUUUCAACAACACCUAAAAUCAAUUCACCAAGUUAUUACAUACAAAAGAUUUCUGAUAGUAUUGAAAAAUUCUGUGUCAAUACAUUCGAAAAAUUUAUUCUUAGCAAUUUAGUUGAUUAUGAAAUUCAUGUGAAUAUACUAGAUGCAGAUAUUAAUGGGUGCAUUAAAUGUGGAUGUAAUACAACUAUUAAAAUUGUUUUUCGUUCAAAAUCAAAUUCAUUUCAACUUUCUGCUUAUUUAAAGCAUUUAAAGAACAGUCGUUGUACAAUGAUCAAAAAGAAAAAACAAGGAUUCGAUAAGCUUUCUAGCAUCAACAAUAACUUAUCGAAUUUCGUCUUACAGGAUGAUGAUAAUNCGCCAGUUGAAUAG